CGUCCGCCUCCACGUGACCCAAACAGAUUCAGGCACUUCCGCUUCCUCUAGCCUUUCUUCUCGUCGGUGUCCAGGGCCGGUCCGGAGCCAGUCCCCGCGGAAGCGGCGGUGGCGGCGUCAUGGCGGAGCUGACGGCUCUGGAGAGUCUCAUCGAGAUGGGCUUCCCCAGGGGACGCGCGGAGAAGGCUCUGGCCCUCACAGGGAACCAGGGCAUCGAGGCUGCGAUGGACUGGUUGAUGGAGCAUGAAGAUGACCCAGACGUGGACGAGCCACUAGCGACCCCCCUUGGACAUAUCCUGGGACGGGAACCCACACCCACUGAGCAAGGACCUGGGUCUGUUGUGGGAGAAAGCAAACCCAUUUUGACGGAAGAGGAAAGACAGGAACAGACUAAGAGGAUGUUGGAGCUGGUGGCCCAAAAGCAGCGGGAGCGUGAAGAAAGAGAGGAGCGGGAGGCACUGGAACGGGAACGGCAGCGCAGGAGACAAGGGCAAGAGUUGUCAGCUGCCCGACAGCGGCUACAGGAAGAUGAGAUGCGCCGGGCUGCUGAGGAGCGGAGGAGGGAAAAGGCUGAAGAGUUAGCAGCCAGACAAAGAGUCCGAGAAAAGAUCGAAAGGGACAAAGCAGAGAGAGCCAAGAAGUAUGGUGGUCAUGUGGGUUCUCAGCCAUGCCCACCAACAACAGAGCCAGGCCCUGUUCCCUCCUCUCCCAGCAAGGAGCCUCCCACGAAGCGAGAGUAUGACCAGUGUCGCAUACAGGUCAGGCUGCCAGAUGGGAGCUCACUGACCCAGACAUUCCGGGCACGGGAACAGCUGGCAGCUGUGAGGCUCUAUGUGGAGCUCCACCGUGGGGAGGAGCUAGGAGGGGGCCAGGACCCUGUGCAGUUGCUUAGUGGCUUCCCCCGGCGGGCCUUCUCAGAGGCUGACAUGGAGCGGCCUCUGCAGGAGCUGGGACUUGUGCCUUCUGCUGUCCUCAUUGUGGCCAAGAAAUGUCCCGGCUGAGAGGCCUUUAUCCCACCAUCCUUCUCUGACCUUUCUUCAUCUUUGAUAAAGCACUGACAUCACCUUCCUAAUAAAUAGACCCUCUGAGUUCUGUA